UGGAAAUGUUUACCGAUAUCAGAAGGUGAUGUUGCCAUGCCUCCAGAGGCCUCAAGGUUGUUUGGAAUCGAUUACAAUUAGAUUUUUCAAUGGUCAAAAUCACAAGAUCACAAAAUAAUUAAUUUAUCAAUUAUGAAAAUAUCCCACAAAUGUCUAACAGGAUUAAAUUGUUGACAUCUUGUCCAGUUGUGGAUUUAGCCCGCAACAUGACUGGAAGGGCGGAGGCAAACGACCUCCAGGCGGUCAUUCUAGUUUGACCUCUGUCCUAGGUUGGAAGAGAUCGGAGCGUCUGCUAGUAAUGAGGACUCUCUGGAAAAAUCCAUGGAGAAGAUGAUGAGUGAAUGGGCCGAGCUCCGGCUCUCCUUCAUCCCUCACGGAGAUACAGGUACACAUAUUCUGUCGGAGGUGGAUGACAUCCAAGUGCUUCUUGAUGACCACGUUAUUAAGACACAGACUAUGAGAAGUUCGCCUUUCAUCAAGCCAAUAGAGACCGAUUGUAAGCAUUGGGAAGAGAAGUUGCUGAGUAUGCAGGCCAUUCUAGACUCCAUGUUGAAGUGUCAAGCUGCUUGGCUCCGCCUUGAGCCCAUCUUCAGCUCCGAGGACAUUGUGGCCCAGAUGCCUGAGGAGGGACGCAAGUUUUCCGUUGUGGACAGCUACUGGAAGCACGUCAUCGCCACGGCGGUUAAGGAUACACAUGUGCUGGUGGCUACAGGUCAACCUAACAUGCUGCAACGGCUACAGGAGUCCAACGUGUUUCUAGAUGACAUCCAAAAAGGCCUCCAUACCUACCAGGAGAAGGAGAGGCUCUAAUGCCACUGGUGCUAUCCCUAAUACUCAUAUUUAUAUUUGUUUUGACGUGCAGUAAGU